GCCCAGGCCGUUUCCCUGUCCCCGCGGCUGGAGCAUCGUCCAGGGGAACUGGCUGAGGGCAAGCCCCGCAGACCACGCGCGCGGCACACAAGCGCGCCCCCGGCCGCCGCCGCCCCCUCUUCCCUCCCCUUCCCUCCCCUCCCCUCCCCUCCCCUCCCCUCCGCCCCCCAGCCUCCGCUGCGGCGGGAGGAAGAACCCUUUCUGACCAGCCUCUCCCGGAUUCCCAUUCCGGGAGAAAGAAGACUCCGCACUCAGAGCCGACCGACCGCUUGCCCCCGGGCCACGGAAGUGGCUCGCCGCCGGUCGCAGACCCCGACCCUCUUCUAGCCGCUGCCUUAUAGACUGAACUCCCCAGCGGGCUCCCGGUCCCGCCGAGCCUACUCCCCGCGCGGGGCCCAGGCUGGCGAUGCCUGGUACGGCGGCAGCGGUACCCACGGCUGCUGCCGUUACUGCCUCGGCUGCCGGCCCGGGUCCGGGCCGGGGGCUUGAAGCUCCGCAGUGGGGCUGAGCCCACAGCCCCGCCCCCCGAGCCUGAGGCCGCUGCUCUGCCGGGCGCUGGGCCUUCUCCGCCCGCGCCUCCGCCCCAGGAGCUGGAGCCAAGCGGGGAGCCCGGGCCCCGCGCCCAGGCCCGGACCAUGCAUGGCCACCGAGCCCCGGGGGGCGCCCGGCCUUCAGAGCCCGAACACCCGGCUGCGAAAUCCCCCGGCGCUGUUCCACCGGCCUGUGCCGACUCGGACAUUGGAGCCUCGGAGUCCGGACUGCCGGUGCCCAGGGGCUCAGCCUCGGGUCUCAGCGGCCCCCUGGAUCCCCAGCUUGCCUGGCCCUCGGACGCCAGUCCAAGCGCAGCACCAGGCCCCCGGGUCUUGCCCUGCGGCCCCAGCCCACAGCACCACCGGGCCCUGCGCUUCUCCUACCACCUGGAGGGCUCACAGCCCCGGCCUGGGCUGCACCAGGGAAACCGGAUCCUGAUUAAAAGUUUGUCCCUUGACCCUGGCCAGAGCCUUGAGCCUCAUCCAGAAGGCCCCCAACGACUUCGCUCAGACCCAGGCCCCCCGAGUGAAACUCCCAACCAGCGUCCUUCACCACUGAAACGGGCACCAGGUCCAAAGCCACAAGUCCCCCCAAAGCCCAGCUACUUGCAGAUGCCCCGGAUGCCCCCCCCACCUGAGCCCAUCCCCCCUCCACCAUCACGCCCACUGCCUGCAGAUCCCCGAGUGGCCAAGGGCCUAGCCCCCAGGAUGGAGGCCAGCCCCAGUUCUGCAGCAGUAUCCUCACUGAUUGAGAAGUUUGAGAGAGAGCCUGUGAUUGUCGCCUCGGAUAGGCCAACCCCUGGCCCCAACCCAGGUCCCACAGAGCCAGCCAUGUUGCCACCGCCACCCCCGCAGCCACCAGUGCCCCAGCUCCCUGAGGGUGAGGCCUCCCGCUGCCUGUUCCUGUUGGCCCCUGGGCCCCAGGACGGCGAGAAGGUGCCCAACCGGGACAGCGGAAUUGACAGCAUCAGCUCGCCAUCCAACAGCGAGGAAACCUGCUUUGUCAGUGAUGACGGGCCCACCAGCCACAGCCUCUGCCCCGGGCCCCCUGCCCUGGCCAGUGUGCCUGUUGAUUUGGCCGACCCCCUCCGGCCCGGCUCCCAGGAGGUUGACAGUGACCUGGAGGAGGAGGACGAGGAAGAGGAGGAUGAGGAGAAGGACAGAGAAAUUCCAGUGCCCCCCAUGGAGAGACAGGAGUCUGUGGAGUUGACCGUGCAACAGAAGGUGUUCCACAUUGCCAAUGAGCUCCUGCAAACUGAGAAGGCCUAUGUUUCUAGACUCCAUCUUCUGGAUCAGGUAUUCUGUGCCCGGCUCCUGGAAGAAGCUCGGAACCGCAGUUCCUUUCCAGCCGAUGUUGUCCACGGCAUCUUCUCUAACAUCUGCUCCAUCUAUUGCUUCCAUCAGCAGUUCCUGCUGCCAGAGCUAGAGAAGCGCAUGGAAGAAUGGGACCGCUACCCACGCAUUGGAGACAUCCUGCAGAAGCUGGCACCCUUCCUCAAGAUGUAUGGCGAGUAUGUAAAGAACUUUGACCGGGCCGUGGAGCUGGUCAACACCUGGACAGAGCGUUCCACCCAGUUUAAAGUCAUCAUCCAUGAAGUGCAGAAGGAAGAAGCCUGUGGCAACCUGACAUUGCAGCACCACAUGCUGGAGCCUGUGCAGCGCAUCCCCCGCUAUGAGCUGCUUCUCAAGGACUAUCUGUUAAAGCUGCCCCAUGGCUCCCCGGACAGCAAAGACGCCCAAAAGUCUCUGGAGCUGAUAGCCACAGCAGCAGAGCACUCCAAUGCUGCCAUCCGCAAAAUGGAGCGAAUGCACAAGCUGCUGAAGGUAUAUGAGCUGCUAGGGGGUGAGGAGGACAUUGUCAGCCCCACCAAAGAACUCAUAAAAGAAGGCCACAUCCUUAAGCUGUCAGCAAAGAAUGGGACCACUCAAGACCGAUACCUCAUACUAUUCAACGACCGCCUCCUUUAUUGCGUACCCAGGCUGCGGCUCCUUGGCCAGAAGUUCAGUGUUCGGGCACGCAUUGAUGUAGAUGGCAUGGAGCUAAAGGAAAGCUCCAACCUCAAUCUGCCUAGGACCUUCCUGGUGUCAGGAAAGCAACGCUCCCUGGAGCUCCAAGCCAGGACUGAGGAAGAGAAGAAAGACUGGGUCCAGGCCAUCAACUCCACCCUCCUGAAGCAUGAACAGACGCUGGAGACCUUCAAAUUGUUGAACUCAACAAACAAGGAAGAUGAAGACACACCCCCUAACUCUCCAAACGUGGAUCUUGGGAAGCGGGCACCUACACCCAUCCGGGAAAAGGAAGUCACCAUGUGCAUGCGCUGCCAGGAGCCCUUCAAUUCCAUCACCAAACGCAGGCACCACUGCAAGGCCUGUGGGCAUGUGGUUUGUGGGAAGUGCUCCGAGUUCCGGGCCCGCCUCAUCUAUGACAACAACCGUUCCAACCGUGUGUGCACCGACUGCUAUGUGGCCCUGCAUGGGGUGCCCGGGAGCAGCCCAGCCUGCAGCCAGCAUACACCCCAGCGUCGGAGGUCCAUCCUGGAGAAACAGGCCUCAGUGGCUGCGGAGAACAGCGUUAUCUGCAGCUUCCUGCACUACAUGGAGAAGGGUGGGAAAGGCUGGCACAAGGCAUGGUUUGUGGUGCCUGAGAAUGAACCCUUGGUGCUGUACAUCUAUGGAGCCCCUCAGGAUGUGAAAGCCCAACGCAGCCUGCCCCUCAUUGGCUUUGAGGUGGGGCCUCCUGAGGCAGGAGAACGGCCUGAUAGACGGCAUGUCUUCAAGAUCACCCAGAGUCACCUGAGCUGGUACUUCAGCCCUGAGACAGAGGAGCUGCAGCGACGUUGGAUGGCUGUGCUUGGCCGGGCAGGCCGUGGGGACACGUUCUGCCCGGGCCCCAUACUCUCUGAGGACAGGGAGCUGGAGGAAGCACCGGUGGCAGCUUCAGGAGCCACUGCUGACCCCCCUGAAGCCCCCCAGACCCAAGAGAAGACCUAAAGGGUUUGGAGAGAACUGGGAGCCCCCUGCCCCACCCUCUAACUGCCUGUGUCCAAUUAGGAACUCCAGCUCCCUCCCAGCUCAGUCAAUACUUGAACUCCCAUCAUGGGCAUUUUCAAUCCCAAAUGCUGGGUCUUGGGUUUUUUUAAUUAAUCUUUUCACAAAUAGUGGGGUUUUAAAAAAAUAUUCCUAUGGUAACAUUAAUUUUUUUAAUCCUCCCCCAUCAGAGAGGGUGGGAGCUCUUGCUAGACCCUCCUGAAUUAGGACAUUUUGCCCCCAUCCCCCCUCCCAAUACCCUACAAAACCUGCCUCCACACAAUUCCCUCAGAAAGCACCAGAGGCAGGAGAUCUGGAUUCCAAGUGCCAGCUCUGCCACUGACCCCUGUGGCCGCCCACCCCUGCCCCUCAGCCAGUGUCUUCACAUGUACAACUCAACGUGGGGUGGUGAAUUAUAUUCUUCCUGCGUCUCCCCCAUGGCUUACAGCUUCUACCUGGCCCCAAGGCUACCUAGUAUUUUAUUGUCCAGACCCAUGGCAGGGCCACCGGGCAGGACAAGGGAACAGGAGGGAGGACAAUGGAUACUCUCUGUUUUGUUUUUUAAAGAAAAAUACAGUUUAUUUCAGGCUUACAGAAACUUUC